CACGAUCCAUCAGCGUAAAUCUCGGGUUUUGAACUCAUUUUUGGCGUUUCGGCCACCACACCGCGGACUAAAAAUCACGAAAUCUAGCCUUCGGCAGCACAACAUCAUGUUGUGUGUCUGAAGAAGGCUAUCAUCGCAAUCAGAGUGUUUCGUAAUGUCCCCUUCAAAGAAAAUGAGUGGUGGCGUUGACAUUUGGGCUGAGGACCCAGCGUGUGCUGACGACGAGGACGGAGAUUUUGCCAUUGAGCCGGUGGGAGAAUGCCUCGGCGACCCCUUCCUCAACUGCCUGCCAGGGUUCUCACCUUCGCGGCAGUGGGGCCGCAAGGGCCGCGGCCGGCCCAGCAGCAAGCACGCGCUGCUGCCCGUCUCGCAGCAGGCCGCCAUCCCUCGGUCGCUGAAGACGCGCCCGCCUGGCGUCGAGGUGAAGCGCUACCUCGAGGAACUCAAGAACUUCUGCGCCACCGAGCCCAAACAGAAAAAGGGCAAGCCGCGAAAGCUCAGGUUCGGCUGUCCUAAGGGCAGGCUUUUUGAGCCCGUGGAAGGCGAUGAGCUGGAAAGUGCUGCUCGAGAUGAGUUUGACCUGGAGCAGGAUUUCUUCCGGCCUUGCCUCUUCGACAUCAUCCAGAUGGACGCGAGCUGGAAGGAGCCGCUCGAUUUGGUCGACAAGCCUAAACCCAAACUCGGAAGGCCAAGGAAGUAUCCUGUUAAGGAGAAGGUUCCCGGAAGGCCAAGGGGCAGGCCACGCAAAAACCCAGAAAGCGUAGGAACAGCUUAUAAGCAGGUGUUCAAACCAAAAACUGAGAAAGCAAGAAUGAUCUUCACGUUUGAGGAUGGCGAGGCUAACGAAGACGAUAUUGAGGAAAUGCUUUCCAUGGGAGUGUUGGUGUUCAGCGCCAACAGCAAGGGGGAGCGGAAGAAACUUGGUCGGCCGAGGAAGCACCCUCUGAAAGAAAAGGUUCCCGGGCGUCCGAGGGGCCGUCCCAGGAUCCACCCUGCCAAGGAAAAGGUGCCUGGAAGGCCGAGGGGGCGGCCAAGGCAGCAGCCAAGGAAGGAGAAAGUGCCAGGGAGGAAGAGGGGCAGGCCCCGCGGCCCUGCGAAGGAGCCCAAGGAGAAGCGGCCGCGCGGCAGGCCUAAAAUGGUCAAACCAAAGGGCAUCUUCUCCUUUGGCAGUGGCGAGGACGGCCAGCCGAGUCAGGAGCAGAUCGAGGAGCUGAAGAAGCAGGGCUUUCAGGUGGUUGACGUUACCAAGAAACGCCGUGGAAGGAAGAAAAAGGUGCCAGAUGUGCAGUCGGACGUCGGUGCCGAAGGUGAGGUUCAGCAGCAGGAGAAGAAGAAGAGGGGCAGGAAAAAGAAGGUCGAGACGGAAACAGGUGAAGCAGGUGUUGAGCCAACGCCAAAGAAAAGGGGUCGAAAGAAAAAGACUGCUGAUAGCGCCAAUGAAGGAUUGAAAACUCAAGAAGCAUCAGAUGAAGCUGCUGUUGUGCCAAAGAAAAGGGGCCGCAAGAAAAAGACAGUCGUGAGUGCCACUGAAUGUGAGGGAAUUCAAACUGAAGGCGCAUUAGGGGAAGUUGAUGCUGUGCCAAAGGAGGUGAAGAAGAGGGGUCGGAAGAAAAAGACCGUGGAAAACAAAAUUGGUGAAGAUCUUGGAGGAGAGGCACCGCAAAAGAAAAAACGGGGUCGGAAGAGAAAGCUGGACGUUGGAGAUGGGCAAAACCCCUCCGAAAAGCUGCUGGUCAAAAUGGACUUUGGUAUUAAGGUAGCUGAAAAUUAACUGCCUCGUGAGGUGAUCAAGCAAUCGGAUGAUAAUCUGAGCAUCGUAAAAGAACUAAAUUAAUUUUGUGACCUUCUCUAACUUUAUUUAUUAAUUGUUCAGUCUAAUACCUACAAAAUGUUUUUACUACAUAAUGACACACAAUCUAAAAUUUGAACAGUUGUAAAUUUUUACACUAAAAUUUAAUAAAUUGACGAUUAUUAAAAUGA